UUAGGACAGAGUGCAUGUCUAUGUGGACUGCCCUGGCAGAAGACACACCCUGUUGCUAUGCCCGGAAAAUAAAAGCAACCCCACUGUCAAGUAGUCACUUCAUAUGGUGAAUACAACUUCAGCCGUCAGUUUCAAGAUGCCAAAAUGAACUGACAUGCAGUGUCUAUAAGAUGGAGUGGAACGAAUUGCCAUGUGGCGAAUGGACAGAAUCCCAUGUGAGCUCCUGGUUAAAAUCCAUUGGAGUGAAAGAGAAGUACAUUCUGAAACUGUACGAAGAGGAGGUUACAGGACCUGCACUAAUUGAGUUACAGGAAAAGUAUCUACGCGAUACAAUUGAAAUGAAAGGCGGCCAAAUCCAACUAAUGCUGCACAAACGAGAUGAACUUUUGAAGCCAGUACCACAAAAAACAAAAGCCGUCAGUAGCACACAGAGAGAUACCAGCCAUGUUGAAUCUAGUGCUGUGUUCACACAAGAAUCUAAAGACAAAGUUUCAAGAUCCAGUGAAAAAAGUGAAAGUAGACCCGUUUCCAUACCAAAUGAAUGUGAACCAAAAUCGGGCGGGGCAUCUUUGCCGCUUUGUGACUUUCGAAAAUUUGAUGACAUUGAAAAAGAAUUCAGAUAUGUAAAAAAUACAGUACUUCCACCAGAGACCGGAAUUGAAGACAUUAUUGUUCCAUGCCAUGAAUACAAGUCACUGGAAAAUGCCCACAAAUUGGAACCACAAAAACUCAAGGUCAAAGUUGCAAGUGAGGUGCUCAGAUUUGCAUGUGCAUGCAUGAAUAUGCGGUCCAAUGGCACAAUACACUUUGGGGUUAUGGAUAAAGUUAAAGGAAUCUACAAACAUGGUGAAAUCAUAGGAAUACCAGUUGAAAACCAAGAUUUAUUUGUGGAUGCAUUGGAUUACAUUGAAAAGAGCUUCAGAGGAUCAACGCAUCAGUGUGAUGCCAGGAAAUGCAUAAGGAACCCAAAGUUCAUUGAGGUAAUUGACAAGGAGGCCAGUGAAACAACCUGGAUCAUUGAAUAUGAUGUUGUCCCCAAGGCAAAAAUGGUAAAAGACAAACUGUACAGUGUCACUAUUCCAAAGUUCAGCGAAAAAUCCAACAAAGUAAUCUAUGAGGAGAAAGCCACCUACCACAGAGUAGGGGCUAACACACCCCGCAUAUCAGAGGAUGGCCUAAUUCAUUUCAUUCAAGACCUGAGGGACAAAGAUCAACAGAGAGAAGAGGCUGAACUCUCAGACAACCAAACAGCUUCUGACUGUAGAGAGGAUCAGAAGAGAAAACUCUCCAUCCUCCUCACAUGUGGAAAAAAGUACAUGGAUGACUCACUGUUCUACAUCAUCGUGACAAACAAACUUAAACAAGAACAUCUUGAGAACAUCAACUUCUUGACUCACAUGAAUAUAUUUUGUGUGUUUGACUUUGACCCAGAUUCUAAGACAUCGGGUCUAUGUGAGAAAUAUAAAGAGCACCAUGCCACAAACCUUCAUUUCCUGCAUGACUAUGCUAAUGAUAGUGGGGUGAAGACCACUGACUUCAUAAACCGUUUGAAGCUCUUUGAUAAACCAAGCUGGAUUUUCUGCAAUGGGCGAAGCGAUUACCUUGGAGAUGAGAAACCUUGUGAUGAAAAAACCUGGAUGAAAACCAAAAAAAAGCUACUGAAAAGGGCAGUGUCCGUCAUCUGCAAUGACAUCCUUCCUAAAGGGUCAUUUGUGGUGGUUUUCUUGCUCAUGUCUCAGGUCGAACAGCCAAUUGUUGAUACAUUCCAUGAAUUCUAUGCAGAAAUGAAUGGUCAUGAGGAUUUGGCUAUCAUUUCAGAGUCCAAAGAGAACUACAAAAAGUGGUCAAGCCUUGCCCAGGUAUCUUGUAGCAUGGCUGCACUCAAAGAGAUCAGUAUUGUUGAAAUGCCACUGAGUCAUGUUGAUGCCACUAUUCAAACUAUUCAGCCUACAGUUAGUCGACCCACAAGGCGCUUACCAGUCUUCAACAAAGGCUUGUGCUUCUUAAAGCCAGUUGAAGAGGAUGAGAUUAAUUCUUUGGACAUAGUCAGUGUUGACCAGUGUGAUAACACAAAGGUGGAGAUAAUGGACCGAGACAAAAUCAACACCAUUGAAAAGUAUUUCUAUCAAGGUGGGAAGAUAGACUGGAUGAAUUUGUGGCUUGCAGACAAAAAUCUAUGUGGGGAGGUCAUCAAGCGAGACGCAUACAAAGAAACAAAUGAAAUUCUGGAGAACAUUGUACAGGGUAGUCGAGUCAAAAGACCCAUCGAGACUGUGAAUAUAUGUCACCAUCCUGGCAGUGGUGGGAGUACAGUUGCACGACAGAUCCUCUGGAGUUGGAGGACAAAAUUGCGAUGUGCAGUUGUUAAACAAUCAAAAGAAUUCACAACUGUGUGUGAACAUGCAGUGCGUCUACGGGAAUAUGAAGAAAAGGACAAAAACAGCUGUCUACCGGUACUGUUGCUGUUGGAAGAUUGCAAUGGAGAUUAUCUGGAUGACCUUAGGCGGGAAAUAGGCAACGCUAUUGCAACAAAAAAAAUAAGUUCCUCUGUCCUAUGUUUUAUCCUGCUCAUCUGCAAAAUGUCUCAUGAUCCAGAGAGAAUGUGCCGAGCAUUGCCGUCUCAGACCGUCGCUGUGACACACAAACUGACAGAUGGAGAGAAGACUCUCUUCUCAAGG